CGUAUGUCUGUCCAUCCUUCAGACUGAAAUGUCAUGCGGGAACGCUCAGCUGGCUCAGGUACCAGACGUGAUCUAGCCAAGAAAUCAAGGGCUCAGAGGCUCAUGUACUCCGUCCCCCCACAGGGAAGUUGGGCUUCGUGGAGUAUGUUGCAGUUAGGCUGCAGGAGCCUGCUCCACGUCACUGUAGAGUUGGUAUUGUAAUGAGUCAAAACCUGACCAUGUUGGCCUGUGGAAUCUUGUUUCUUUAACUUUUAUCCUGGGAAAAGUUUAAUGACUUCAUUUAACCCACUUUUCUCUCAUAGGUCCUUUUAGGGGGUCUGUUGCAGGGCUGUGAUAGACACUGUGUUUACCAACAGCCUGGAAGAUCUGAGUAGUAAAAUGAUUUGCCCAGAUUUAAGUUACUCAAAGUCAGAGGAAUGUGAAGAACUCCAGAAGGACAAUUCAUUAGGUGUACAGUCAUGGUAGUGCUGAUAUGUGGCUUAAUGCUCCUAACAGAGAGAAGAGCACAGAUAGGUUUUAGUACAGUAUAUUAAAAGUAUAUAUUUGUAAUUGUUGGGGAACCUAUAACAUCACUGUAAACUCAAAGUGACACUUGUGAAAAGCAAAUGAGACAUUACAGUGAAGAAGAAACUGUGUAUUGAAGGAUAUAGAAGGUGUGCCCUGCCUCUACAAAUGGACCGUGAUAUCUCCUUUGGAGUGCACUGCAUACAAUAGUCAUUGUUAUCUCAAAAUAAAUAUUGCCAGCCACCAAGUACUUUCUAAGUCUGUAAGUAAAAUACUCAAGGGAAAAAAAUAAUUGAAGAGAAAAUGGGAAGAUGAAUUAUGCCUUCUUAAAUAAGAUGGACUAUAAAAGCACGUGAAAUAGGGGGUGCUAAAGGAGUUGAUUGCAGAGCUUCUUUGUGUAUUAUAAUGGCAGGAGGCAGUAGAUUAAAUAAAAAGGUAAAUAGUUCAAAACUCUUGCAAGAAGAUACUCAGUUGAAUCUCUUCAUGUAUAAUGAUAUAAAUUACAUAAUAUAUUUGAAAAAUGCUAUUCUGGCUGAGAAUUUAAAAUUAUUCAUUAGUGUAUUAAAUAUGUAAGUAGGUAAGGAUCAUAGAAGAUAUAAUACUGACAAAUUUUAUAAGGUGUAUGAAGGUUGGGAUUUUCACAUUGUAAGGGUGUUUUUUUAACUAUUGCAAGUCAAGAUGAAAUUACUCUGUUUCUACCUACUGAUUAGUUUGUGCACUUCCCUCCCAAGUCUGACCUGGGCCUGGCCCAGAAGCAAAGCCCGGAUCGGCAUGCAUCCUGCCUCUGCCGCUCCCCACCUGCGCUUGUCAGCUCUGGUGUUAAAACUGGAGUCCCGUACUGAACAGCUUUUCUUGCGUUAAAUGAAGGACUCUUAGAAAAACAGGAGUAAAAGUUCCUCGUAAUUUUCGUCUGUUGGAAGAACUUGAAGAAGGUCAGAAAGGAGUAGGUGAUGGAACAGUUAGCUGGGGCCUUGAAGAUGAUGAAGAUAUGACACUUACAAGAUGGACAGGAAUGAUUAUUGGGCCUCCAAGAACAAUUUAUGAAAACAGAAUAUACAGCCUUAAAAUAGAAUGUGGGCCUAAGUAUCCAGAAGCACCUCCAUUUGUAAGAUUUGUAACAAAAAUUAAUAUGAAUGGAGUAAAUAGUUCUAAUGGAGUGGUGGACCCCAGAGCCAUAUCAGUCCUAGCAAAAUGGCAGAAUUCUUAUAGUAUCAAAGUUGUUCUGCAAGAGCUUCGGCGUCUAAUGAUGUCUAAAGAAAAUAUGAAACUUCCUCAGCCACCUGAAGGACAAUGUUACAGCAAUUAAUUAAAAAAAAAACCACAAACAUGCCCCCCUUAUUCAAUUUAAGCUGUCUUCAUUUUCCACAGUAGUAAAUUUUCUAGAUGCAUCUUGUAGACCUCAAAAUACUGGAAAGGAAGUUCCCAUUCAAAGGAAGUUUUUCUUGAGAUACUGUAAAUGAUACUAAUUUUUUUCAUUUGAAAUAUAAGUUGUGCUAUAACAAAUAAUCCUGUCGUGUAACCACUGUCCACAUAGCUGAACUUCUGGUAUCAGGAAAAGUCUAUUUAAAUUUAUUACUGUCAAGACCAGUGUGGCACAUCUAACUUAACUGUGAAAGCAUACAUCCCACAAUCACCUUGCUGUGUGUCUGGCCUGGGUUUUUUUUUCUUUUUCUGUCUUUUGCAAUAGAGUCGAAGCUCAGGGCUAUUUAUUAGAGUAGACACAAAGGUUUUUGCUUCCAGUACUACACUGGGCUUUAUGGACUACUAGUGGGGAUGUGUGCUAACCUCAGUCAUCCCUCCCUUUGUGCUAUCUCUAGUAAAGGCUGAAUGUGACUGUGGUUGUUUUUGGUUGUUUUUGGGUUUUUUAAAUGCCCUGAUAAUCUAGGGCAAGCUUUCCUUCUUCCCUUUGGCCAAGGCAUAGAUUGUAUUUCUCUUCCUGGUCCCCCUCACCAGUGACAUGGGCUUUGGGUGAGGGAUUCAGGGUUCUUUUAAUCUCUUCCCUCUUCCCCUCUUUUAGUGGGGGUGCUGCUUUCUUUUUGCCCCUCUUUGUGACUCUUCUCACCCCUGGCCAGCAGGGGUAAGUGUUGGGGCAAUAACUUGACCUGUUCCCUCUUGCUUAUCAUUUUGGUUUUGCAACAAAUUUAGUCUUCACCAGCCUGGGAAACAAGAGUAUCUAUUCUGCUCGCAAACUUGGAUUUUCCCUGUCCCUCCAGCACUGCUGCCACACCGCCAAGCUGGCCACGGCUGAUGUUAUUAGAUAGGCUUUUGACAUGGUGAAAAGAGCAGUAAUUUACCAGGAUUGCCGAAAUCUUCUGCUGCCAAACUUUAAUGGGGAAACUCUGCACAUAGAGAUUCUGAACACACGCUCCAGCUCAAAUAGUUCUAUUUUGGUGCUUUGGAUUGACCCAAGAAUGUUAAUUAACAAAAUGUUGCACUUAAGUUUGGCCAUUCUAAAGAUGUAAUGACUCCAGACAAAUCAAAUCAGUGUAGUAGAUUUUAUUAGGAUUCUGUAAGUCUUAGAAGAGAAAUCUCUUCAGUGAAGAUUUUGGGGAAGCAGUGCAUACAGCAGAUUGAGGACCUUUAUUGGCUUUGCAUCCUGGCAAAUCACUGCCUUUUCUGGUUUACUGUUUCGGACCACUAACUGCUGAAAUGUGGAUGCAAGCUUACAUACAACCGACCUAGUGUGUCCUAAGUUUUAUGAAAAAUUCAGUGUUUGUGUAAAAAAAGAAAAAAAAAAGAAAAAAAGAAAAAUUAAAAAUAAACACAUUUUAAAGCAGCAGCUAUCAAGUCAAUGAACAAUUGAUGUUUCCAUUAACUCUUUUGAGGAAAAUAUUAGUUGUAAGGAUUUAACAUCCUCUGUAAUUAAAGUUUAACAUUACAGUAUUCCAUAAGCAGCCUUUUUAUUGUAUCAGACCAUUGCCUGAUUUUAAUAUAAUAAAAAGUGUGCAUUAAUAUUAGAAGGCUUUAAUUGUAUUUAUGUUUAGAA